AUGUCUGAGCCAUCGACAAAGAUAUUGGACCACAUCGUCCACCUGACCCCUCCAGGAACAGUUGAGUUGGCGUCCCAGCAGUUCCGAGAUCUGGGGUUCAACGUUACUCCAGGAGGGACACAUACAGGAGGGUUAACAGCGAACGCAUUGGUAAUCCUAGCCGACGGGUCGUACCUCGAACUCAUCUCCUUCACUCACCCGGCCUCGCAUUACCCUCCAACUUCACCGGAUCGCCAAAAGCGCGACUCGAAUCCGUGGUCGUAUAAACACCCCGGAUGGAUUGACUACGCUUUCCUAGGCUCAUCUGAUCCCGAUGUCUCUAUCGCGCGCAUAAUCAAUGAACGUGCCGAUCUGGAUAGAUCUGGCGCGGCGUACGAUCCUGAGGUUGAUGGAGGACGCGUGCGCGAGGAUGGCAAGACGUUGAAGUGGAUGAUCACGGCGCCUCACGAGGAACGAAAGCGUGGAACACUCCCAUUUUUCUGUGGCGAUGUGACACCGAGAAAGUGGAGGGUUCCAAUUGACCCGCCUUCGAACUCGAAACAUCCAUCUGGAGUACUUGGAAUCUCACACGUCCGGAUACUCACGAUGGCCGAGUCACUGGAUGCUCAAUCGUCACAACUGACAUCAGUGGUUGGAGAUCCCCCAGUUGAGCACUCGUCGUCGGGUUAUACAUGGUCCCUGGAGACCCCACAUUCCGGAUUGGGGGUACUAAGGCCACGCUUAAUUUUGAGUGCGCCGGUGGACGAGGACGAAGAAGCGUACCUUGCCGGACGGGGACCUGGUGUCUACGAGGUUGCUUUUUGGGUAGAACCUGGAGGGAAAGAGGGUACAUCUGCAACGCCUUAUGGUAAGAUAGUUUGGCAGGUGAAAACCACGUAG